AUGGCAAACGCAAGUCAAGCCCGCUUCAACGCCGAAGCGGCCGCCUGGGACAGCAAUCCUGUAACUGUGCAGUCCAGUGCGCUGGCCUACAAGUCCCUCCUAGAGCGCAUCCCUGGCCUCAACACCAAGAACCCGCGCGAAGAUGGCCUCGACGUGCUCGAAAUCGGCUGCGGCACCGGCCUCCUCUCCUUCUCCCUCCACCCGCACAUCCGCAGCCUAAUCGGCGUCGACACAGCAGCGGGCAUGAUCGACGUCUUCGCCUCCAAGGCCGCCUCCCGCUUCCCCGCAACCUCCGCCUCCGCUUCCUCCGCCGCCAACAUCGCAGCCGUGAACGUCCUCCUCGCCGACCCGGACGACUUCCUCCUGCAAGAAGCCGCGGCGCUGGCGCGCCAAGGCCGCGUCGAGCGCCCCGCGCGCUUUGAUCUGGUCGUUAGCCAUCUGACGCUGCAUCACAUUCCCGAUAUGGCUGCGGUGCUGAAAACCGUGUUCGGGUGCUUGAAGCCGGGCGGACGGGUCGCGCUGACGGAUUUCGAGGACACGGGGCCCGAGGCUGUCUACUUCCAUCCGGAGGAGAAGAGGGAGGGGGUUGAGCGGCAUGGGAUCAAGAGCGAGGAGAUGGAGAGGCUGAUCGGGGAGGCUGGGUUUGAGGAUGUCAAGGUGGAGCGGGCGUUUGUGCUUGAGAAGUUUGUGGAGGAGGAGGGGAGGGAGAGGGGGUUUCCGUUUUUGAUAUGCUUGGGGAGGAGGCCUGCUUGA